ACAAACAAAGGAGAAAAGCAAACGAUUCACUACUUUUCAAAUCAUCGUUUGGAUACUUUUGUUCGUUCUGUGCAUGCCGUUCUUUGCAUUACAUCUAAUCAACAAAGGAAAGAUAAAAACUUAAUACAGCCUUAUAUCAUCAAAAGUGAGCGCGCUAUUGUCUUGAAUAGGCCUACUCCUAUAUUUAACUAUCAAUAUAUUUGGAUUACAUCACCUAUGAUCCCUGAGUACUCCCUUUAUCAUAUAAUGAUGAAGCCAUCAAAUUCGUCCUUUGUUGAUACUCAUCAAAUUGGCUAUAAAGUGUGGUCUAUCAAUGCACUUUUAAAAAGUAUAGACACAGUUCACAGUCAUGGAUUUGCACAUUUAGCGAUAGAUCUCACUUCCUUUUAUAUUAAUCAUGAAAUGAAAACAACUGACUGGCGUCUAGGUAAUUUUGACUUUGCGCGUUUACUAACUGAUAAGUACGUGUAUUCAAGAGGCGGGAUUAAGUUCCCACCCCAUACAUCCUACACAGCGCCUGAGAUUAUUCAAGAGAAACAGAUUACAUUAGAUCAGUUGAAAAAGGUUGAUAUUUGGUCUCUAGGUUGCGUAAUUUAUACUCUAGUUACAGAAGGACUGAUUUUGUUUGAAGAUGCAACACAUAUCAAGAAUUUAAUGACAUUUAAUGACGAUAUGAAGAACUAUUUAAAGAUAGUUAUACGAGAUCAUGUAGAAAAUCUACUAUUUAAAAACCUAUUAGAAUUAAUGCUCCAAGUUUAUCCAGAUAAUAGAAAGACUAUAAAGGAAAUUAUAAGCUAUUGG